GAGUGGAGGACGGUAGUGGGUGGCCUGCCUGGGUGCAAGCAGGGCUCUGAUUGCCCCGCAACUCUUUUCAAGCAUCAUCUGCCCGGAAACGGAUUGGUUUCCUUCAGAGUUUUACGAGGCACGGCUUCAAGAUCACCAUGCCGAGCCCUGUUUUAUCUGAUGUUUUGAGACGGCCGACCCCUGGGCAAAUAUGUAUGCAUGCAAGUGCGACGGAACGAACGAGGCCUGGUCAUGUGCAACCAAACAAAUGCAAGACAAGAGAAGCAAUGAACGUACAAGUGCAGCCACUCUGGUUUGUGAUCCAGAGCUGGCUGUUGUGGUUACUGCGAAGGAAUGCAUCAAGAGAUCUGUCCCCCAAAUUGAUAUCUGUCCAGAGACUCUCUCUUGUGCGUAUGCACACGCUGUGUCGGAUCCUCUUUAGUUUAUGACACUGGAGCCCGAUGUGCGUUGCCCGUGGCUGUGAGCGCUGUUCAAGCACUUAGAAUUGCAAUUGCCGCAGUCUUAGUCAAAUCUCUGCCCUGUGCGGAUGCUGACUUCGUUCUGAUGAUGCACCUCCCGUGGGCAUUUUGCUGGGCGCCUGAGGGCGACUGCAUGAAGGUGCAGCAAUUCUGUGGAAAUCGGUCAAGUGAAAUUGUUAGCCGUGUGAUCGGCGCAAAUGUUCCCAGAUGCGCUGUCACUGCCAUAUUCUUUCAACAGCUCAGCUGUUUGAAGUAGCUGUAAGGCUGUCCUCAAGACUGGUGACAUCUCUGUAACAUGAUUUCCGCUG